CCGGAGUCCAGUCCUGCCAGGUCUUGCCCUCUGAACCAGCUCAUCCCGGAGCACUGCGAGCACUGCAGCCACUCCAGCCAUGGCCCUCCUGCGCCAUGACAGCCGAGGGGUCGCUGUCGCCUGCUGCUGGCUCCUCACCGUUGUUCUAGGCUUCUGCGUAUCAUUCAAUGUUGAUGUGAAAAAUGCAAUGAAUUUCAGUGGCCCCGUGGAAGAUAUGUUUGGAUACACAGUUCAACAAUAUGAAAAUGAAGAAGGAAAAUGGGUGCUUAUUGGUUCUCCUUUAGUUGGUCAACCCAAAACUAGAACUGGAGAUGUCUAUAAGUGUCCAGUUAGAAGAGAUGAAUCAUUACCUUGUACAAAACUGGAUCUCCCAGUUAAUACAUCAAUUCCAAACGUCACAGAAGUAAAGGAGAACAUGACUUUUGGAUCAACGUUAGUCACCAAUCCAAAUGGAGGGUUUCUGGCUUGCGGGCCCUUAUAUGCCUAUAGAUGUGGACAUUUGCACUACACAACUGGAAUCUGUUCUGACGUCAGUCCCACAUUUCAAGUGGUGAACUCCUUUGCCCCCGUACAAGAAUGCAGCACUCAGCUGGACAUAGUCAUAGUGCUAGAUGGUUCCAACAGUAUUUACCCCUGGGAGAGUGUCACGGCUUUUUUAAAUGACCUUCUGGAAAGAAUGGAUAUUGGUCCUAAACAGACACAGGUUGGAAUUGUACAGUAUGGAGAAAAUGUAACCCAUGAGUUCAACCUCAAUAAGUAUUCAUCAACUGAAGAAGUACUUGUUGCAGCAAAAAAAAUUGUCCAGAGAGGUGGCCGCCAGACUAUGACAGCCCUUGGAAUAGACACAGCAAGGAAGGAGGCAUUCACUGAAGCCCGCGGUGCCCGAAGGGGAGUUAAAAAAGUCAUGGUCAUUGUGACUGAUGGAGAGUCCCAUGACAAUCACCGACUGAACAAGGUCAUCCAAGACUGUGAAGAUGAAAACAUCCAACGAUUUUCCAUAGCUAUUCUUGGCAGCUAUAACCGAGGAAAUUUAAGCACUGAAAAAUUUGUGGAGGAAAUAAAAUCAAUUGCAAGUGAACCCACUGAAAAGCAUUUCUUCAACGUCUCUGAUGAACUGGCUCUCGUCACUAUUGUUCAAGCUCUAGGAGAAAGAAUAUUUGCCCUGGAAGCUACAUCAGACCAGUCAGCAGCUUCAUUUGAAAUGGAAAUGUCUCAGACUGGCUUCAGCGCUCAUUAUUCACAGGACUGGGUCAUGCUUGGAGCAGUAGGAGCCUAUGAUUGGAAUGGAACAGUGGUCAUGCAGAAGGCUAAUCAAAUCAUAAUCCCUCAAAACACAACCUUUAAAGUUGAAUCUACCAAGAAGAAUGAACCUCUUGCUUCUUAUUUAGGUUACACAGUAAAUUCUGCCACUGCUCCUGGAGGUGUCCUCUAUAUUGCUGGACAGCCACGGUACAACCACACAGGCCAGGUUAUUAUCUACAGAAUGGAAGAUGGGGACAUCAAGAUUCUCCAGACGCUCAGUGGAGAACAGAUUGGGUCCUAUUUUGGUAGUGUUUUAACUACAGUUGACAUUGAUAAAGAUUCUAACACUGACAUCCUUCUGGUCGGGGCUCCCAUGUACAUGGGAACAGAGAAAGAGGAACAAGGAAAAGUGUACGUGUAUAUUCUGAAUCAGACAAGAUUUGAAUAUCAAAUGAGUCUGGAACCAAUUAAGCAGACUUGCUGUUCAUCUCUGAAGCACAACUCAUGCACAAAAGAAAACAAAAAUGAGCCAUGCGGGGCUCGUUUUGGAACAGCGAUUGCUGCUGUAAAAGAUCUCAAUCUUGACGGAUUUAAUGACGUCGUGAUAGGGGCUCCGCUGGAGAAUGAUCACGCAGGAGCGGUCUACAUUUAUCAUGGUAGUGGGAAGACUGUAAGGAAAGAGUAUGCACAACGUAUUCCAUCAGGUGGGGAUGGCAAGACACUGAAAUUUUUUGGCCAGUCUAUCCAUGGAGAAAUGGAUUUAAAUGGUGAUGGUCUGACUGAUGUGACUAUUGGGGGCCUUGGAGGGGCUGCCCUCUUUUGGUCCCGAGAUGUUGCUGUAGUUAAAGUGACCAUGAAUUUUGAACCAAAUAAAGUGAAUAUUCAAAAGAAAAACUGCCAUAUGGAGGGAAAGGAAACAGUGUGCAUAAAUGCUACAAUAUGUUUUGAUGCAAAAUUGAAGUCCAAAGAAGACUCAAUUUACAAAGCUGAUAUGCAGUAUCGUGUCACCCUAGAUUCACUAAGACAGAUAUCACGAAGUUUUUUCUCUGGAACUCAGGAGAGAAAGAUUCAACGAAAUAUCACAGUUCAAGGAUCAGAAUGUACUAGGCAUUCCUUCUACAUGUUGGACAAGCAUGACUUUCAGGAUUCUGUGAGAAUAACUUUGGAUUUUAAUCUUACUGAUCCAGAAAAUGGCCCAAUCCUUGAUGAUUCUUUACCAAAUUCAGUACAUGAAUACAUUCCUUUUGCCAAAGAUUGUGGAAAUAAGGAAAAAUGUAUCUCAGACCUCGUUCUGGAUGUAUCCACCAAAGAAAAGGGCCUGCUUAUUGUCAAGUCUCAAAAUGACAAGUUCAAUGUUAGCCUGACAGUGAGAAAUAAAAGGGACAGUGCCUAUAAUACCAGAACAAUUGUGCAAUAUUCUCCAAAUCUAAUUUUUUCUGGAAUUGAGGGCAUCCAAAAAGAUAGUUGUGAAUCCAAUCAUAAUAUCACAUGUAAAGUUGGAUAUCCUUUCCUAAGAAGAGGAGAAAUGGUAACCUUCAAAAUAUUAUUUCAAUUUAAUACAUCUUACCUCACGGAAAAUAUGACCAUUCAUCUAAGUACAACAAGUGACAGUGAAGAACCUCCUGAAACUCUUUUUGAUAAUGAAGCAAAUAUUUCUAUCCCAGUAAAAUAUGAAGUAGGACUACAAUUUUACAGCUCUGCAAGUGAAUACCACAUUUCAAUUGCGGCCAAUGAGACUGUCCCUGAAGUUAUUAAUUCUACUGAGGAUAUUGGAAAUGAAAUUAACAUAUUCUAUAUGAUUAAAAAAAGAGGACAUUUUCCAUUGCCAGGACUUACGCUGUCAAUUUCAUUUCCCAAUUUGACGUCAGAUGGUUACCCUGUGCUGUACCCGACUGGUUGGUCUUCUUCUGAUAAUGCAAACUGCAGACCCCACAGCCUUGAGGAUCCUCUUGGUAUCAACUCUGGAAAGAAAAUGAUUAUAUCAAAAUCUGAAGAUCUCAAACGAGGCACACUUCUGGACUGCAGUACAUGUAAACUUGCUACAAUCACAUGUAAUCUCGUGCCUUCUGACAUUAGCCAAGUUAAUGUUUCACUGAUCCUGUGGAAACCAACUUUUAUAAAAACACAUUUCUCCAGCUUAAAUCUUACAGUAAGAGGAGAACUUCAGAGUGAAAAUACAUCACUAGUUUUAAGUAGUAGCAACCAAAAAAGAGAGCUUGCUAUUCAAAUAUCCAAAGAUGGGCUACCAGGCAGAGUGCCAUUGUGGGUUAUCCUCUUGAGUGCUUUUGCUGGGUUAUUACUGUUAAUGCUGCUCAUAUUGGCACUGUGGAAGAUUGGAUUUUUCAAAAGGCCACUAAAGAAGAAAAUGGAGAAAUGAAAUAUUUAACAAAAGAAGAAAAAUAACAAUUCUGCAAUGAUCUAUCCUCAGGUUUGCCUCAAAUAUGUGACAAGAAAUUUAUAAAUAUAAUCAAAGACAUGGUCACAUAACUCUACAUAAUCCAUCAGGGAUUAAUCACUUGGAAAAUGACAGAUCAAGCAUGAUCCAAAAACAAUAAAAACAGUACCACAAAGAUCUGUUUUAUAAAGGGAUGAAAAAUAUUUUUAAGUAAUUACUCAUUUUUGUUGAGUAAGCAAAACUACAAAGUGUUUAAAGAAGAAUCUCUUCAAAUGUUUAUUUGCAUAAUAACAAAUAUGCCACCACCUAAAGUAUUUAAGGAAUGCAGAAAAAGAGCUUAAUGAUUAUUGAAACAUUUAAUUCCAAAACAAUGUAAAUUAAGCUUUUUCCCUAGAUUCCUGAUGGAUAUCCGAAUUCAGCAUGACAAUCAGCAUUUUCAAAGCCAUGAAAGGAAUUACCUGAUAAAGACCACUUCUCCCAAUUCAAAUGAGAAAAAUUUUCCCCCAAUAGAAUCCCUGUACAAUAUAGGCUAAAAAAUCAAAUUCAAUCACAGAGAACACUUUCAACAACUUUGUGUUAGAUUCUGUAGUUGAAAGCUUUUUAUUUUAUUUUUUUCAACAUGAUUAGAAAAUAAUGCAAUUCAGCUGAAUUUCCAUGUAGGACAGAAAACAAGUGCACUGAAUGGAUUAAUUUAAAAUUUUACAGAACAUGCUUAAUUUUGACACUGAGCUCUCAAACACAAAACUCUUUUAUACAGAAUAAAGUACUUAAAGCAGUUUUGUGUAACAUAACAGUGAUUGUCAUGAAAAGCCACAUUGUGUGGGGGACAUGCCAAAAUGGUUUCUGAACAGAACAUGGCAGCAUAAAUAAAUGCCCCUAAAAUGCUGAGAAAUCAUCUUUGCUGAGCAGUUUUUGAAUGCUUAGGAUUCUAGGAUGUUACACAAAUUGAGAGUUUCCUCAAUUCCUUGGUACAGGGUUCAUUCAAACCCCCACCCCCAACUGUGAGAGUAUGUUUAUUUUUAACUUUUUAAAAGUAUUUAAUUUUGCAAACAUAUUUCUUGUUUUUAUGAAAAGGUAGCGUUUUAUUUCAGUAUUGCAUUUUACCAAGAAGUCACUGCUUUUAAAUAGAACCCCAGAAAUGUAUUUUCAAGAAUUUAGGGUUUGAAAGCUCAAACCAACAGAAAGGUAACACAUCUUUGUAUGCACUUCUUUUUCUUUAAGUAAUUGUUAUAGCUCCUUAGAUUUCACUGUAGCAUCACCUCCCAGGUUGCUCUGUUUCUUAGGAAAAUAACAAUGAAUGAAUGUAUAGUAGCUGCUUGUGUGAACUACUGCUGUAAAAUUUGCUGAUACUUCUGCAACAACUCUUUUUCUCCAACUGAUUUACCGUCACAAGACCCGGAAUCUGUCAGUAUCCUGAAAGUACUAAGCUCUGCUUUCCUCAAAAAAACAGCAAAUCAACAGAGAAAUCAAAUGCCAUGGGUUUAAUUUUUUCAACUAAUUUCUGAGGAAUUGUCUUAAGGAUUCAGAGUCAGCCUACCUCUGGACUCUCCACCUCUGCAUCUAAGAUCCUGAAAACCAAAGGGAUGUGCCUGGGGGAUUCCAAGGUUAUUUGGAGCUGGAAGAAAGUGUAAAUUUGCCCAGAGCUUUGAUGUCCUCCUGUUGGCCUGUCACUGUUCAGAAAUAUCCUCUUUUGGAAUUUCCUUCAUUCUUGCUAUCUCCCUCCAAGUUCAGAAAUUAUUUUUUUCUCCACCUAUUUUUUCUUUGCCCAGUAAAACUCAGGGUCUCUCUUUUUCAGAGUUAAAGUUGCACAACUCCACUGCUCACCUGCUGAGCACCCCCCCCCCAACUUAAUACCUUCUUAGAAGUAAAUCCAACAUACAAUUUAAAUUCACACUGCUAAGAGAAAGCAUUCCCUGCAACAUGAGUAUGUAUAUUUAAACUAAAUUUAAGCCAAUGAACAUAAUUUGAACUUUGAAGAAAGGAGAAGAAGAGCUGUUUAGUCGGAUCAGAUAGCUGUCACAACCAUUUACCUGCCACAACUUUUAUCACAAGUCAUUCCUCCUGUUUAUUAGUAGAAUAUUCAAUAGACCAGAGAUUCCAUUUCGCUAAUAUUAUAAUCUGUCAAGGUCUCUAUAUGAGUGUCUGUAAAUUCAUGCUCACACAUACAGAUACACAAGGAAAACAAAAUUAACUCCAAAUAACAGGGUUUGCUAAAAAUAAACACACAAAAGUUAUACCAGCAAGAAAAUUUGAUUCCUUUACUUUUUACAUAAUAUUUUUAUUAAUAUUUAGGUUUAGCUAAAAUUUCUGCAACUAUCUAUAAAACAUUAAUGCAGAGGUUUGGAUUUCAAAAAUGUCAAUAGAUAUUCUAUAUUAGCUUUGUACAAAUGUUUUAAAUAAUAUCAAUGAUUAAGAAAUAUACUAAACUCUAUCAUUUUAUUUUAAAACAAUUAAUAAGAAAAGUGGGUAAUAUUUAAGACUGUUUAUGUGUUCAUGGGCUAAAAUAAAUUGCCAGUUUCUUUUUCUUUUAUUUGAUCUUUUCAAAUAUGUCUAUUGCUUCCAUUGCAAACCAAACUAUGUAUGCAAGUCCUUUCCUGACCAAAUCUGCAAUGCAUAUUGCUAAAUUAUUUAACGACUUGCUCUCAAAGAUGAAAAAAUCUCUGAUUUUGUCAUUUUUCAGUCUCCCUGGUUUAAAUAUUCUCUCCAUAGCCAUUUUCAGACUACCAACAUGAUCAUAAUUAGCUUGCAAAAUUCCUUGAAAUCUGUCUGCUCUUGGGAACUAGUAUGAGCUGGCUUCAUACAUAGAUUACAUGAUAGAUACAUGGAUAGUAAUAUCGAUGAUAAUCAUCUCAUGUCUAUUUUCAUAACCAACACACACAAUAUAAUCAUAUUCCAAAUCACGCUAAAAUGCUGAUUAUUUUUAGCCAAGCAGACAAAAUGCUAUCUGACUGCCCAUUCUUCAGUUUCUAAAAUUGUAACUUUCUUUUCAUGCUAAUAAAAUGUUAUGAAUUUGCAGAAAAAAGGAAGGCUUUGAAAGCCCAAAAAUACGAGGAGUGGCACACUGUAAGAAUAAGACCUGCUCAGUGGUCACAAAGAUUUUACUUUUUCAAGGAAUCCAGAGCCCUGCAAGCACCAUAGUGAGAGGUCAUUCUUUAUAAAUAAUUUUCACAUCUGUGAUGCAAUUUAAACUUUAAUAAUACAAUUUGUUAAACUAUAUUUCUCUGAGCAUUGGGUUCAUGGACAAUUUCCACCCUGGAUAUUUUUUGUGUCGUUAAGUGUGCUUGAAAAGAGGCUUGUAGGAAGAAAUAUUUCAUCAAAUUUGAUAUUUAGACAACCACAACAAUUGCUUCUGUAAAUACAUAUGUGUACUCGUGUGCUUGUAUUUACUUAUAGAGUGUUCUCUUUUCCUUUUAUAAAAUCAAGGUCUAGGUACAACUGGGGGAAAAAUAUUUUUACACCAAAAGAAAAAAUUAGUUGGGUUGUGAUGGUGUAACUCUGGUUGUAGUAGAAUCUGUGAGAAGACUUGCCCAUAUUCUAUGUAAGGCCACAUCUUGCACACUGAAUGGCAGCCCAUCAGCUUCCCUGAAAUGUGCUUCCCGUGGUCAGUGUUUUUGUUGAAUAUACCACCCAUUCCUUGUGAACCACCCAUGUUGCCCUGCACAACACUGAGCAAACUAGAGAAAACUCAGGCUCAGAGCCUGUCUCAUAUGUGCGGUGCAGUCACAUUAUUGUCCAGAUAACCAUGCUUCUGUCAAAUCAAUUGUUAAAAAUAGUCUUCUAUAUACUCUUCAUUUAUUUCCCAAACCUCUCAAGCCCCCUCCAACAGUCUUCUCCUCCAAGGGAAAUUUUCAGGAAGAUUUUUGUAGGAAAAUCAUCUUAAUUAAACAUGUGUUGCUUGCUGUGACUACCACCAGCUUCAGUGAAUGGAUCAUUUAUACAGGAUUUCUGACCUUAUUUUCUCAGUGAUGAUCUAAAGAGUUGACAUGGUAUCAUGUAGCAAGAAUAAAGUGAAAUGUGCUUAAGACAUGAAUCAGCUUUAAAAUAUUUGCAAGCCACAGGGAUACUAUCAGCAACAAUGCCAGUGGGGAUGCUGCAGGGAUUUAGCCAGUCGGUGGCUCUCUGUUAGCACUCCACAAUCCCCUUCCUCACCCAUGACAUAUUCUAAAAACUGAAGAGAAGGGCCUUAUCCUCAAUCUGAUGCAAUUUUUUUAAAAACUGAAAUGUACAAUUUAAUUGCAAAGAACAGUCUUUAAGUGUAAGUGAAUAUUCAAGUUGAUUCCUCUGGGCUCACAGCAAUUAACUAGUUGCCAAUGACACUCAGAAAGAAUUAUGAUUAAUCUUGGUUUUUAAAUGUUUCAAAUCACAUUGUUAUUAUAAAAAAAAGAAUAAGUAUGGAAUUUGGGUAGCCCUCUUGCCAUAGACUGGGACUUGUGUCCAAUCGUUUAUUUCUAUUUGACUUACACAUGUAGACUGGGGUGGGGAAAUUAAUCUUCAGAUGACACCAGAACAAAAGCCUUCCUAUCGGAGAGCUAUUCCUAAACUGCUCCUAUGUAAAAAUCCUGAAACCACCACUGGACAUUAACUGUGUUAACUCUGCAAUGAAAGAAGGCCCAAAGUACAUUGCAAAAGGUUAUGUGCAGGGCUGGGAGCAUUAUCCAGUGUUAAACACAUACUUAAAUUACACAAGCCUGGGGUUCAAUCUUCAGCACCACAAUAAAAAGGGAACUACAUGCUGCUGUUUCCCAAAUGGAAAAACAAUAAAAUAAUGUUCAAUUGAUUAUAAUGUCAAAUUAUAAUCUGGUAGAAAAAAUAAUGUCUUUCAUUCUCAUAUUACAAUUUAACCUUGAAAUUAAAAAUUUCAUGGUUACAACCUUCAGGAAAAGGUAAAAUAGCAUGUAUAGGUUCUAAGCACCAGCCCUACUGUCCCCUAUAGCAUCUGGCACCCAGGGAGUCCUGUUUCUAACAGAUGGGAAUGAAUCAUUUUGCCAUAAUAAAAGGAACAAGCUUAACUUCCAAAUACCCCCACUGUUCUUAUAGCCAAAGUUCAGCUUCCCAUAUCAUACACACAUAAGCAGCACAAUCUUGUACCUUAAGAAACAGAAAAUAAAUCAGGGGAGAACAUAAAACCACUUGUCUUUUGUAUCUACAUCCUUACUCCUCAAAAUACCAUAAGAUCCUGGAGACCCUUUAUGUCCCAUCCACAAUACUAACACAUGUUCUUUGCACACAUAAAUUGUUGGCUAAAUAAGAGCACAAGUGUAUUCUUAACUAAGCAUUAACCCAGGGCUAAUUUCCAAAGGGAAUUUAACACCCUUGGGGCUCAAGUAAAAAUAGUCACUUAAGUCAGCAACCUCUCAGAGCUUCCUCAUGCUGAACCCACUUUAUAUGAAAGACCUGAAAGAGCGUUUUCUGAGAUACCCACUGAGGUACCCUUAUUCAGGAUGCAACAGAGGUUCUGCAUUCCUGAUUAGGAAACAUCAGCACUUAGGGAUGACAUACUGUGUGUUACUACUGUCAGGCUGUAAAUUGUUAACAGUGUAAACAAUUGCAUCCAUUUUGUUAGAAAGAAAAAUAUAGCAUAUAAUAACUACUACACUGAAGCAUCUAUCAUGCUUACUCCAGAUUUUUCUGCAUGGUCUAACAUAGAGUAUAUUGCAUUGCUCAUUUUUUCUUUGCCUCAUACUUCAGUCAAUGAAAUGAAUAAUGUAAGGGUAUGCAAAUGUAGACUCAUCAGAAGAAAACAUUAUGAUGGCACUCAAGAACAAAAAAAAAGCACAAACUUUGUUGAUGUUAGUAAUUUAUGAAGUAUAUAAUUUAAAUCCAUUUUUAAAAGAAAUUAGUUAUCAGGUAAUGGCCAUUUAAGCUGAUAAAAUUAGAAAUAGCUGAGUGAGUAAAAGAGAAUUUUAAAAGUCUUAUAUAUGGCAUAUCCUGUACACUGAUUUGAAGUCAGAGGUUUCGUAUUUUUGUAUAAUUUUAUCUUAUCUGAAGCAUCAGCUGUGUAUUUUACGUCAAGGUAAAUGAGCAUCCUGUUUUAUAUGUUCAAUAAAAAAAUGACUCAAAGAAGAA